AUGGAUGAAAGAUUCUCCUCCAAUAAAAAACUGUACUGUGAUUUAGUAUGUUUGUCACCAAAUAACUUUAAAGAUAUACAUGAUACAGAAUUAAAAUUAAAUACACUACUUGAGCUUUCCAAAAUCUUGAAAAAAUUUGAUGACAAAUUGAUCUAUACUAAAUUGUUAGAUGAAUUGUUAAAUUUUUCAUCAUCCUGGGAUCAGUCAAAAAAGACUGUACCUGAAUACUAUAAAAAAUGUAGUGAAGAUAAUAUUGAAGAAGAAAUAAGUGAUGAAAUGGGCUCAAAUAUUAAAGAAAUACACUGCAAAUCUUGCAAGAAUUGUCCUUACUGUUAUUAUAAUGUACUUUUGAAGUAUAAUUUGUACAGUAAUGCAUACCAUUUUUUGUUUCUUGCUUAUAAGUAUCUGCUUACACUUCCAUGUACACAGGUAGCGUGUGAAAGGUCAUUCUCUAAGCUAAAGAUAAUCAAAACACGACUAAGAAAUUCAUUGAGUGAAGAAAAAUUAGAAGCAUUAUGCUUAUGA